UGAAAAACGUUGAUAGUAUUUAAUCUCAGUAUUCCUAUCAAUGUUGUAUAAGGUUUUUUUAUGCAUAAUAGUCACCCUAGAAUGUGAUCAAACAGUUUAAAAUAGCUGGGCUAAGAUAGGCUAUAUAACAAUUUGUAUGACUGCAGAAAUAUUUCAGUACACACAUUAUCCCACCGGUCAAAAUUGUGACCGACCGUACAUUUUUCACACUUUUCCUAUAAAACCCCACUCAAAAGUCCAAAGAAUUACCCAAAGGGUACAGUGUAGCCUACACUCUUCACAUUUCAACAACCAACCAUCGGAAAACCAGCCACUGUCAGCGUAACUGGAAAGUUUAGACGCGAAGUGAAACGCACAAACGAUUGAACAGAAAGUGAAGCUUCCAUCAUGUGAUUUUUUUUUUUUGAACAGUGCAGAGCUUCAUCGAAAAAUGCGCUGCGUGGUCCACACAUGAGCCUCUGUUUCAUAGCCUACAUGUCGUGGCUUCAUAUUUGUUAGCCGUGUGUACAAUAUACUGACUAUAAGCCUACUUGGAUUAUAUCAAUUUCAAGCGAAACAAGGAAAUAUGAAACUUAAUCAUUGACGGGAAUCGGGCAGGGACAACACAGCUCCACCUUCAACACAUCAAGAGUCUGUAAGAGUCAUCUUACAGUCUGGACUGUAAAAUAUAUAGCCUACAAUUACUCAUAAGCAUGUCUCUGACAGUGUCUCAGGGAGAGGGAAUGAUGGUCAUCACCGUCACCUCAAACCCAAAGAGCAAAUGGCCUGCACUGUGUCAGAUUCUGAGUUCUCUGUGCUAUGGUCCGGUGUGUUUUGCAUCUGAGGAUAUGACAGAGAAGCUGACAGACACCCAGAGAGUUAUUGGGAUUGUACAGAUAGUAGUUGCAGUCAUGAAUCUUGUGUUGGGUUGUUUUGGCAUCAUCUUCUUUAUUGCUACCACUUCGGUCAGCAGUAUGGUGUUGUCGGUUCUUCAGCUCUGUGUGGUUGUCAGUUUCUGUAUUUUGACCAUAAAAUCUUUGUGCAAGAAGGGUGGGAGUGCAAAGUUAGUGGACAAAACAACUUCAGUAUCUAGAAGUGGAAUAAGCCGAUAUUCAUUUCCGUUUGGUCGCAGCUGUAACAUGACACUUGCAUCGUCUCAGGAUAUGAAAGAUAAGCUGACAGACAUUCACACAGCACUCGGGACUGUACAGAUAAUGGUUGGUGUCAUGAAUAUCACAGUGGGUUGUUUUGGCUUCAUCUUUUCUCUUUGGAUCGGUGGUGUGUUCCUUGUUGUUGGAAUUAUGUGUGUUCUUGCAGUGAAGUUUUCCUGUCCUAAGCUGCUGGUCAUCGCAGUGAUUCUGAAUGUAGUCAGUGCUGCACUGGCUAUCACAGCUGCUGUGCUGUAUUCAGUGGACCUGGCAAUGGGAAGCAGUUUAAGCUGUUACGGAGAACAUUAUUAUUAUUCAUCUAAUAAUGACUGGCUUACCCAUAAAAAGAGAAACUUUGAGUCCUGUUUUUACUACAAGAAUCUCAAUCAGAUGAUCUUCGGAGGACUAGAUAUCAUAAUGAUAGUGCUGUCGGUCCUUCAGCUCUGUGUGACCAUCAGUUUCUGUGUUUUGACUGGGAAAGCUUUGUGCAAGAAGGAUGAAGAUGUAAAGUCGGUGGAGGAUCCAGAACUUCACAAGCCGCUCCUGGAAGACGACACUGCUGGUGCUGCAUGACACAGAUAAAGAUAAAUGCACAAAUUUACAAAAUAUUUUUUUUUCUUGUAAUGCAAUGGCAUUUUGUCUCUCAUUUUAAUAGUGAAAUGAAGUCACUGUAGUACAAUUCUUGCCUUUUCCUUUAAAACAAAUUGUUUCUGGUAAAAGGGAACUUUUGGACUUCUUUUUGAAAUAAAUGGCUUUAGCAUCUUG